AUGGAUACUCUAAUUCAUAGUGUCAAUCUCCAUGGAAUCCAAAACAGCUUUGAUCCAUCCAUUGAGGUUGCAGUCAAACUUAACAAGCUAAAAGAUUCAGAACAGUUUAAGCCCAUCUUAAUUCACUGUGAGGGUUUAUUAUUGUGGACUCCAAACGGCGGGAAACUCGUGGUUUGGAACCCUUGUACUGGUCAAACCAGGUGGAUCAAAUCCAAUCAUCGUAAUCUUUUGUUAGAUAGGUAUGUCUUAGGAUACGUAAACAACAACAACAAAUCUUGGGAUAGCUACAGAAUCUUGACUUUUGACUAUUUUUAUUGCUGCCUAAAGGCUUCUCCUCUUAAGUUUGAUAUCUAUGAGUUCAACUCUGAUUCAUGGAGGUUUCUUGAUGACGUCUAUCCUAAUUCUUUCAUUCACUCUGAUGGCGUGACUCUGAAGGGAAAUGCUUACUGGUACGCUUUAGAUGAAGAAGACUCUCUCCUUAAAUUCAUACUAAAGUUUGAUUUCACUACUGAGAGAUUUGAACGUCUGCGUCUGCCUCUAUCUUUUAAGAGUACUAGUUAUGUUAGUGUGGUUCUCUCAGUUGUUAGAGGAGGGAAACUUGCCUUGUUACAACAGAGGGUUGAUGAUACAGAUUCGUUAAAGAUGGAUAUAUGGGUGACAAAAACUAAGAUCGAUGAGGCCAAAGACUUGUUGUGGAGCAACUUCUUGGUAGUGGAUUUGGGUAAAGUUAUGUUACCAGAUGUGAUGAUGGUCCCUUAUAUGAGUUUCUUGGUUGAUUAG